UUUCCCCUCUCAAAGAGCCGCUAUUCUUUGAUGAUUGGGCAGCGGCAAACUUCAAAGUAAUAAAUCUUAUUUCUGACUGGCUGGCGGCCCACCAAAGUCCUUAUCAAAUUCUAAGAAGUGAUCCCUCACUCUUCAGAUAGACCAAGGAUAUCUCGGAGAGAGGAAGCACUGAAGAGUGGAGACCUGCUCGACGCGACAUUUUACUGCGAAUGCUCACAUUUAUCUAAAUUAGAGCUUUCAUUUUUAUUUGUUUUCAUCGAGAGGGAGGAGGACGCUUACCAUGGCAGCAGUGGCUGUACUGCGGAAUGAAACACUCCAGGCUUUUCUCCAGGAUCGCACUCCCAACUCUUCUCCAGAGAACUGUAAGCACUCCCCGCUGGCACUCCUGGCUGCCACUUGUAACCGGAUCGGGCAUCACCACGGAUCAAACCACACAGAUUUCAUCCAGGUCCCUUACGACCCAACGCUGGGCUCCCCUUCGCGUUUAUUUCACCCGUGGACUAACGAGGGGACCCCUCAGAGCAGCCUGGCCGGCAACGCCACGUUUGGACUAUCCUCAAAGCCCCAGCUGUCUGCGCACAUCCAGAGCUCUUUCAGCUCGCACCACGAACUGCCCCUUACCCCUCCGGCGGACCCCUCGUACCCCUAUGACUUCUCCCCGGUGAAGAUGCUACCUUGCUCCAUGCAGUCUCUGCAGUCAUCCUGCCCUCCCACCUACGUCCCCGCCGUAAGUUACGCAGCCCCAACUCCCAUUCCUCCUUCAAUGCCAAGUUUUGUCACGGGACCGUCCGGCCUUGUGCACCAGCAGCAGAGACAGUUGUCCCCAAACCCUGGAGAGGAUAUUCCGUGGUGGAGCCUCCAGCAGGGCAACCAUGUCAGCCACUCUGCCUCUCUCGGUCAUCAUCGCUUCCAGCUGCAGAGGGGCUUGGUUCUUGGACAUACGGACUUUGCGCAAUAUCAGACGCAAAUUGCGGCUCUGCUGCACACCAAGUCCCCCCUCGCGACUGCGCGGCGGUGCAGGAGGUGCAGGUGUCCAAACUGCCAGUCUUCCACUUCCAGCGACGAGCCCGGGAAGAAGAAGCAACACAUUUGUCACAUACCCGGUUGCGGGAAAGUUUACGGGAAAACUUCUCACCUGAAAGCGCACCUGAGGUGGCACUCUGGAGAGCGGCCGUUUGUGUGCAACUGGCUGUUCUGUGGGAAGAGUUUCACCAGGUCGGACGAGCUGCAGAGACACCUGAGGACUCACACGGGGGAGAAGCGCUUUGUUUGCCCGGACUGCUGCAAGAGGUUCAUGAGGAGUGACCACUUGGCCAAACAUGUCAAAACUCACCAGAACAAAAAGACCAAGUGCCACGACAAGACACUUGAUCAUGUCAAAAGGGAGGACACGAGGAGUAUGUUGUAACACACCUUAUAGUUGUUUUAAACAGUAGAAAUCACUAGUGCAAUACAGUCAGUCCUACAUUAGUCAAUGUAUACAGUGAGCUGCAUCUGUUUAGGGUGUCCAAUUGACUUUGAUUUUUUACAUCCUGACAAUAUCUCUAACAUUGCUGCUCUGUGUAGCACAUUUGUGUGUGUAUAUAUAUAAAGUUUCAUAAGUUAAUUUGGGACCAUGGAGGAUUAAUAGCUCAUGAGUUUGAAUUCACUGUCUAUAGAUCAUAUCAAGGAAUUCAAGUUUUCUACUUGUGUUUGAUCAUUGUCUUCGGUGGAAGAUUUCUCUCCCCUGUAAAUUAUAUUUAAUAGCUUUUGUUGAAUGAAAGUGUCCGUUUUUUGCUCCAUAUGGGGUGUUUUUAAGCAUGCUCUUGAAAAGAUAUGCUAUUGUUGAUAUGACCCAAAUACU